CCCGGAAUGAGACAUUGAGAAGUUCUCUUUUCAGAGAAAACUGAGAUCCCUUCCCUUUCUCGCAGCUGCCAUCUGGUGUGAAUGUAUUAGCUCACGAUUCAUAAAGUACAUGAGAAGAGACUAGAAUCCUUUAAACACAAGGAUGUUGGGUUGCUUGACACAACCAGUUAAACCAGUGCCGUCCUAUAAAAUGGUCACAGCUGGUGGAGUCUAGCGAUCAGAAAGGGUCACCAGCUGGCUGUGUCGGAGCUUCCACGAUGAACUCAGCUCUCAACUGUUUUGUGUCUUCUCUGCAGAGAAGUGAAACGUGCAUCAGUUCUUUGAUAGCGAUUUUGACUGCCUGUGGGCAGCAACUGUUCUCCUCCUACACUUUCAGUUGUCCGUGUCAGGUCGGAAAGAAUUUCUAUUAUGGCUCAGCUUUUCUCGUGGUUCCUGCCUUGAUCCUUCUGAUUGCCGGCUAUGCUCUAAGAGGCCAAAUGUGGACAGUUGCCAGCGAAUACUGCUGCUGCAGCUGUACCCCUCCUUACCGGAGAAGCAGCCCCCUGGAGAGGAGACUGGCCUGCCUCAUGUUCUUCAGCGUCACCGGGAGGGCGCUGGUUGCUCCACUGACGUGGCUGACGGUGACCCUGCUGACAGGUACCUACUAUGAAUGCGCAGCAAGUGAGUUUGCCUCUGUGGACCAGUACCCAAUGUUUGCUAAUGUCACUGCUAGCAAACGGGAAGAGAUCCUAGCUGGAUUUCCCUGCUACACAUCAGCUCCCUCCGACGUGAUUCCAGUAAGGGAUGAAGUGGCUCUUUUACACAGAUACCAGUCACAAAUGCUGGGCUGGAUUUUGAUCAUUCUGGCAACCAUUGCUCUCCUGGUCUCCAAAUGUCUGGAAAGAUGCUGCUCUCCCCUCACCUCUCUACAGCAUCACUACUGGGCCAACCACCUCCAGAAUGAGAGAGCGCUCUUUGAGCAAGCUGCAGAGGAGCACUCCCGACUUCUCAUCAGGAAUCGCAUCAAGAAAGUGUUUGGCUUCGUUCCUGGGAGUGAAGAUGUCAAGCAUAUUCGUAUCCCUUCUUGUCAGGACUGGAGAGAUAUUUCUAUACCCAAUCUUCUAUGUGUGGGUGACACCUCACAGGGUCCUUAUAGCUUCCUUGGAGACCGGGUGGUUGAGGAAAAUGAGGAAGUUAAACAAGAAGGUAUUGAACUGAAACCUUAAUAGCUGCACCUUUCAAAGCCCAGGAUGCUUGAUUUUCCAAUGUGCGAGUUUCAGUACCAACUCUUUCUUUUCUUUCUCUCUGACACUUAUGUAUAGAAGUCCUUCCCAAAUCCUAUUUCCAAAGUCAAUUUAUAGAGCAACAACCUCCGUAACUUUAUGAAGUUUCAUCAGGUUCUUGGAAUGAUGAUUGUGUCAUGUUGAUCCAUUUUAAAUGGUUAUGGAAUUUUAAGUCAUGUCAAAUUGGCAUUUAGUUUUGUUGCUCAGUACCUGUUUGAAAAUCAGUAUUUCUGAGUGUUAUUUUGUCAUACACCCAUAACAGCUACCUCAGAGAGCUGCUGAGAAGAUUAAAUGCGAUGGCAAGAUUUACCACUAUGCUUUUCAUAGCAAUGAAUUCAAAGCAGCAUCAUUUUCCAUCAUCCUCUCUGAAUUCCAUCUUCUAUCACUGCAUUUCUCCACUCUAAUUUUUAGUUUUCUCCAUGUUUUCAUUUAAAUUAUAAAUUCUAUUAUCUUCUCCUCUUUCCUUGGAUCUGAAUAUGUAGCCUACUAGCAGGGAAAGUAGAAUAAAAUGGACUUUCUGAA